UGCUUAGAAACGCUGGAAACACUGACACUCCUGUGCUCAGGACAUUCAGUAUCAGAGAAAGCAAACUUUACAGAUAAAAGGCUCGAAGAGAUAACUGCGUGAGAAAGGCCAUUGCAAUGGAUGAUUCUGUGAUGCAGCAGCACCUGGUUCACUACAAACAGGCCACAGAGUCUGCACGAGAAGAGCUAGCAGCUCUCCAGACCAAACAUCAAAGCCUCCAUUCACAGCUGCUGGAUGCUCGGUCAAAGAUUUCCUCUCAGGAGGCUUUGGUGCAGGACCUGAGAGAGGUGAUCGACAAACACAAGGAGACAGAGGCCCGUCAGGCAUCUCUCAUCAGUUCCCUCAGAGAACGCAUUCACAACACAGAACAAGAAAUGGGCUCCAUCUCCUCCUCCAAAAGCAUUAUGGAUAUGAAAUUACAGGCACUUAACAAGGAGAAUGAAGAAAUGAGAGAGAGAGCACAACAAAUGGAGAUCAAGUCUAAAAACUGUCUUAGUAAUUGGAACAAGACAAAGCAAGAGGCAGGUGAUUUACAGAGGAGGCAUGAGGAGUUUAUAUCUAGACUAUCCAGCAAACUCUCCACUGAUUUGGCUGAGAGUGAUGAACCCAUGGAGAUGAUCAUCUCUUUGGUUGGCCAAUGCUGCAAAGAGAGAGACAGACAGAGGACUCAAAUAAGUGCAUUAGAGGAGAAUGUAAAGUCUCACGAAGUGGAGUGUAAGGCCAGCAGGGAGACUGUGAGGAGACUAGUGGCUGAUUUGGACCAUGAACAGAAACUCUCAGCUGGCCGUGCUAGUGACCUGAACUCAGUCAGACAGGAGCUUGAUUGUGUGCUGUUGAAGAAGCAGAAUUUGGAAAGAGAGAAUCAGAGCCUGAAGAGCAAGCUGCGGGAGAGAGAGCUUGCCCUUACUGCUGCUAAAGAAGAUUCUGACAGCUCUGAGAAGCGCUCGGAGGAUCUGGAAUGCAGGCUGCACAGGAGCCAAAAUGAAGCUCAGGCAUCACACAGCCGCAUGGAGGCCUUUCUGAAGGGAGUGGAGGUUCUGCUUGGGGAUCUGCCUGAAAGUGCUCUGCCUAAAGAGGAGCGUGUUCUGGAUAAGCUCAGAGAAGUCUGCAGAAGAGAGAAGAGCAGCAAUGUGUCUGUGAGAGAGCUGGAGGUCAGGCUGGCGGAGGUGUCGCAGGAACUUGCCAGGCAGACAGAGCUGCUGAGAGCAGCAGAGCAAAGAGAACAGCAGAUCCAGUGCAGGGCUUACAAACUGGAGUCUGAACUCCUCACUGCAGGAGUCAGCAAGGAUGGACUGAGUCAUGAAAAACAACAGUACUUGCAGUUUCUGGAGAAGCUCUCUGAAAAAAUGAAGAUUGAACACAUUGCCACUGAUCUGGGCUUUGACAUGAGACUUGAGGCCAUACUGACACGUGCAGAACAACUGACCAGACAAGAGGGAACUGCGUUAGUGGAGACUAAAACUUUGACCUACAGCCUUCAGAAAAAGGUGAAGGAGCAGAAGGAGAGGUUGGAGAGUAAGGAACUGCACAUGGAGCUGCUGAGGAGGAAGGUGGCCCAGCUGGAUGAGGAGAAGAGGAGCCGCUCGGCUCUAUCUGUGGAGCGGGACGAUGCUACACUGGCCAACAAGAAGCUGCAAAAGAAGGUUGAGCGGCUUCAGGCUGAGCUUAGUGUCGUGCGUUUCUCCAACACUGAGCUAAAGGCCCAGCUCGCUGACACCAAUGAGCUCAAGAUCAGAGUGAUGGAACAGAAGCAGGCCAUUCAAGAGCAGAUUAAGAGUCUGGGCAAACUUGAGAAGAAUAAGGCCAAAGUGGAGAAAAGACUCACCACAGUGAAGACAGAGUUACAGAAUCAGGAGUACAGAGCCAGAGAUGAACUCCUGCAGGCACAGAUGCUGCUCCAUAGCCAGGCCAGUGCCAUGGCAGAGCUCGCCCACAGGGAGAAAAAGCUGCUGGACUUCUGUACUGUGGUGUCUCAAAUGUUGGGAGUGGACAUGCCAGCAUCUCUCCCCAGUAAUGAGGUUAUUAAAAGGCUGGAGGUUCUGAUUCACUCCUGCCAUCAUCAUUUCCCUCUGGCCUGCCAUUGUGCAACACCACAUCAUCCGCACCUCAUGGCCUCUGCCUGCUCCAGCCUCACAGCAGGCUCUCUAGGGCCUGAAGUACAGGCCCUGCCCGCACCUCCCAUUACAGAUACGCCCUGAGGGGGAUGACCUUUAGUGCCAACAAGUGGUCAAUAG